GGAUUUUCUGUCUUGCUAUAUAGAUGAGGGGUCUUCUCUCGAGGAAAUAUAUCUUCACAACACAUCUCAUCAUCACAUACUAUCCACCUGAUAUCUAAAUCCCCAUUAUAACUUUAAAAUCUUUCUCCAAUUCCCCAGAUUCCUACUCCGAUAACAAAAACAACCGUAAUCAUGGUGGCCACAACGACCCUGGAAUCAUGUGCAUACUACUGCUAUGUACCAGCCAUGGCAGUUUCAGCUAUGUUCGCAGCAAUUUUCGUCCAGACAACACUUCUACACACAUAUCAAAUCUCACGAUCAAAGACCAAGUUCUUCAUUCCCAUUGCAGUGGGAGGUUUACUCGAAGCAAUCGGUUAUGCAUGCCGCUUGAUUUCACACUUUGAAUCUCCAAAUUUCUCAGUUAUUCCUUUCGGCAUUCAAUACACCUGUAUUCUCGUAUCGCCAACCAUCAUGGCAGCCGCAGUCUACAUGUACUAUGAGCAUCUCGUCAAAGCAGUAGGCGGCGAAUCACAAUCUCCAAUUCGUCUUAGCAGAUUCCAGAAGAUUUUCCUCUUCUUCGAUUGUUUCUCCGUUAUAAUCCUCAUUGUCGGUUCUAUUCUUCGCCUUAUGACUACUAUGCCCGUCAGCUGGAUUAGACUCGGUAAUAGACUUGUCAUGAUGGGUCUAGGCGAGCAAUUAGUCUUCCUCGUAAUCUUCGUCUUCACAGCUGCGAAAUUCCAAUACAAUAUAUCGCAAAACCCCUCGGAACGCAUUUCUGGAAACACAGAGCCAAAGGCCCCUUGUACAGGUAUUCCAUACAAGAGACAUCUCGUAGCUAUGUACAUCGCUUCUGCUCUUAUUGCCAUUCGAUCUUUGAUUCGCUUGGUGGAGAAUUUGACGGGAACCACUGGACUCAUUAGAAGUCAUGAGGUAUUCCUUAUUAUCUUCGAUGGAGUAUUGAUGCUUAACAUGAUGUUGCUCUUUCACUAUAUUCAUCCCAGUGAGAUCGCUGCAUUUGAAACCUUCUAUGCUAGUAACGGAGCUGAUACUUCUCGUCCUUACUUUGCGGGAUUGAAGGUUUGGCAAGGAAAGAGAUUAAGCCGGGAUGGUAUGAUGGAGGUCUAAAAGAGGGGAAAGGAAAUAUUUGACAAGGUGCUUGGGUUUCCUAUUUGGAUAUGGGUUGGUAGAUUUAUUUUGGAGUUUGGACAUUGGUGAUAUCGGUGAUAUUGGAGCUCGGAGGAGAUGGUAUGGGAAAGGGAAACUCACAACAAUCAUUUAUAGCAUGCAUCCUCAUGAAUUUCAUUUGUUAAAAGAUGGAGAAAUAGCCAUAGAAUAGAAGAAUUAACAGAACACAUCAAAAAUAUCUCGUCUUUCGAUUCUAAUAAUUCCGCGAUUGACUUUUAAAGCUUACUCCAACAUGUGUACGUAGUAUAUAUCACAACUUCCCCCGAAUGAUCUCCUCACUUCAAUCUACCGUCAAAAAGCUCUUCCAAAAACCCAUUAAGCUGAUCUUUCGCAUAAAACUAUAGCUAAUGUCCUGUAGUAUUCACCUCAUUUGUGACCAGAUUUUUUUUUUUGAAUAACUCCAUAAUCUUUGACACA